AUGAAACGUUUUAUUGAGGGAAGGGAGACUGUGAAAGAUGAUGAUCGAUAUGGGUGCCCACUGAACGUUAGUACAGAGACAAAUGUAUCUCAGGUUGAACAGUUUGUGAUGAAAGAUAGAGGAGUUACUAUUAGAGAAAUAGCUGUUGAUCUUAGCAUGUCUUAUGGAACUGUUCAGGAGAUUUUAACGAGUAAGCUUAAAGUGCGGCGAGUUUGUGCAAGGUGGGUUCCUCGCCUCCUUCUGCCUGAACAAAUGAAGAUGCGGCAUUCUUCCUCUCCAUCACCAUUGAAAGAACGUGUAACGAGGUCUGCAGGGAAGAUUAUGCUCAUUUUUUUCUGUGAUAUCAACGGAAUUAUUCUAAAUCACAUUGUACCACCUAAAACUUCAGUUACUGGAGACAACUAUGCGCGGGUUAUCAAAUCAGAUUUGAUGAGAGCAGUAAAGAGAAAGCGCCCUGAUCUGAUACGAGCUGGAUUCACUUUGCACCAGGAUAACGCGCCUAACCAUGAAAGUCUGGUUGUGAUGGACACCAUGGAAACUCUGGGUAUAGAAAAACUAACUCACCCCCCUUACAGCCCAGAUUUGGCAAUUUGUGACUUCUGGCUAUUUCCAGUUUUGAAAGAUAACCUACGGGGAGAGAAAUAUGAGUCCCAAGAAGAUCUUGGUACUGUUGUGAACAAGGCGCUAAGAAGCAUGUCACGUGAUGGCUUGGAUGACGUGUUUCGGGCAUGGGCAGACCGAUGGCAAAAGUGCAUAAAAGCAAGAGGGGCCUACUUUGAAAAUGAGUAA